CGGCCGGCAGCGCUGCCCUCCGCGGCCGCGGCCGCCCUCCGCCUCCGCGCAAACUCCGCGGCGGCGGAGGGAGGAUGCGAAAGGCUCCGGGUGUCCUCCCCGAGGGUUUGGGGCUUUGCCUCCUGGCCAGGAAGGAGGAGGAGGCUGCUGGAUCCCGUAGAGGCUGCGAGGUUCGGGCGAGGCUCGGCACCGGCACGGCCCGGAGGGGGCGCGGUGCGGGGAGCCGGGACCCCGGGACCCGGGGACACCCGAACCCGCCGCUGCAAGGCUGCAAGGCUGGAGCAUGCAGUCAGGGCAUCUCUGAUUCCCUCCAGAGUUGGAUUUUUUUUUUGUUAGAAGAGGUGGUGGGGGAGGGAUACUAAUUGUGACCCAUCCCGGCGGCUUUUUCCUCUCUGCUUUUUCUUGCCUUUUUUUUUUUUUUUUUUUUUUCUCCCCCAUCUGCUCGUUUCCCAUUUCCCUUCCUCUCCGCCAACCAGCCCCCUCCUUCCCUCUCUAAAAAAAAUAAAUAAAAAAGGCAGGGGAAAAAAAAAAAAAUGUAUAGUCAGGGCUUCCCAAAUGCGCGCCCCCGACCUGGUGCCAAGCGCGCCCCCUUCAUUUGUUCCCCUUCUUGAAGCUCAUUUUCAUGACGUGGAAAAGCCUGAUCCAGGGCAACAACAGCACCACACACACACACACACACAGGGAGCAGGAGAGAAGCCCGAGAUCCUCCGCCGCGCCCCAGCCCUCCCGCUCCGCGCUGCCGGUGCCCGGAGAAGGCGGCGGCAGCGGCGCUGGAGCCUGCAGCAGCCCCUCUCCUCCCUCCUCCAUUGAGUGUGCCAAACAGCAGCUCUGCAUCCUAAAGAAGAUCAUUGAGGGGCUCAUUGCAUUCCCAGCACGUCUCAGCCUUGCUUUUUUUUUUUUUUUUUUCCCUUUUGCCUCAGCUUCAGCAGGAGUAGAGAGAGAGGGAGAGAGACAGAGAGGGAGAGAGGGAGAGAAACCAGCAAUCUUUAAACUCGAGCUUUUUUUCCUCCUUCCCCCCUUUUUUUUUUUUUUUUUUUCCUUUUUUUUUUUUUUUUUUUUUUUGGAACGAUGUGCUAAAAUCUCUCCUGCAAACCGGUAAGUACCAGCUUUCUGGAUCCUUUUGUUUCCACGUAGGGUCAAAGACACCCCCUCACCCCAAAAGAAGAUAUAAUAACCCUCUUUAUUUUUAUUUUUUUUUUUAUUACAGCCCUUGCAGAAGAGAAAGAACUUAAGUGGCUAAUAUUUUGCAAAGGAGACAGAGAGACUGAUACUGCAAUAUAGCUCUCAUCUCUCUCCCUUCUUCCCAAUUAGAUGCUGGCUUUAAUUGCAGGGGGUAUUUCUCUUUUCAUGCUUUCAACCAUCUCUUUCCCACAGGGGAGGGUUUCAUUCGCAAGUUGAUCCUAAGGAUUUCUUUUGCUUUCGCAUUUCUCUCCCCUAAAUGCAUCUUUCUGCUCUUAAGUUUGUGGAUGGGGGUCAAAAUUUUCCAGUUCUUAUGCGUGGAAGGGAAAAAGGACCUUUUCUAUUGAGAGAUUAAGACCAAAAGGAAUGAUCGCUCCGAAUAAUUCUAAUGGGCAUUUCAGUGAUUCAAGGAAGGCUGCAUCACCACCUUUAUUAUUACCAUCCUUAGCAUUUCUCUAUGCCCAUACAUUUGAAAUAUCUGGUGAAAGGAAGGGUGAAACCAUAUGUUGAAGGAGCUGCAUCUCAUUAGUACAGUAUUAUUUUCAUCUGACUGGAGAAGAACCGUGUCUUCAUUCGGGAACGUAUAUAGUAGGAUAGAUAAUUUAUCGGCUGGUAAGUGUCAAGGUAUUUUUUCUUCCACUUUCAGCUUUUUAACUGGGUCUCCUGCUUGGUCCUGGGGGCGCAGAAUACCCUAAUCCAAGGCAGGCUGAGCGUUUCAAUCCUAGGUGCCUCUUUAGCUGUCACUUCCCUUUAGAUCUGCUGAUCGCAUGGGCAUGUGCUUUAGAAAGAUUAAUCAUCUCUAAAUGCUUUAAUCAGCUAAAAUGACUAAUAUGUGGUAUGUAUUUAUCUGAUAAUAUACCCAUUGCAUUAAUUCAUCUGUGUGUUUGAAAGGGGAAUGUUUUCUUUUAAAUCAGGAUUGUUAACCAUUUACUGUUUUAAAGAUGUUGUGGUGGCUUCUGAAGGGAACUGUUUUCUCAGGGACAUUAUCAAACCUUGCACAUUCCUUUGAACUUACAUAUGGAAUAAUAUCGAGCUGGCAGGGAGAGAGAUUCAAGGACUGAAAUUCAGUAACUUUGAGAGUUUGCAUGUAUAAAAGAUGUAGUGUGACACUGGAGAAAUCUGCCCACUGCUACAAGAUUUCCCCCCUGUAGUUGACGCGGGCUACGAUGUCUAUAAAGCCAAAACUGCAAACAAGUAUGAAAUACACGCAGUUCUGAAUGCUGGUCCUAUGGCGGAAAACACGCAAAGACGCAACACGUUCUGCCUGUGUGCUCCUAUCGUUGUAUAGUCUGCAUGUGCUGUCCUCUUUAUAGGUGGCAUUUACCAAAAGGGGGGGCGGAGGGAGAUGAGGAAGGCUGAUAUCGCGUGAUUAAACCUUUUAACAUCUCUGAAGUAUAAAUCAGGGCAAGGCUCACACACCCGACAGCCCUAGAGUUUGUUGUGAACGUCUACCCAACAAUUGCUGAACUUUCCAGGAGUCUAACACAAGUCUAGCAGGUAGGGGCUUGGUAAAAGGCGUGGGGCAGGAGAGAAAUACUGAAAAUCUGCAUCUUUUUUUUCCCAUUGCAGUUUUGUAAAGUCAACAGAUGAUGAAACCUUCCUCGGCAGAGACGCUUCAUAAAGGAAGGAUGUUGUGGAUAAUUCUUCUAAGCACAAUUGCUCUAGCAUGGACUACACCAAUUCCCUUGAUAGAGGACUCGGAGGAACUCGAUGAGCCCUGCUUUGAUCCAUGUUACUGUGAAGUGAAGGAGAGCAUUUUCCAUAUACAUUGCGACAACAAAGGAUUUAUAAAUAUUAGUCAGAUAACAGAGUCGUGGUCGAGACCUUUUAAACUUUAUCUGCAGAGGAAUUCCAUGAGGAAAUUGUACACCAACAGUUUUCUUCAUUUGAACAAUGCUGUGUCUAUUAACCUUGGGAACAAUGCACUGCAGGACAUUCAGACGGGGGCUUUUAAUGGGCUCCGAGUUCUGAAGAGGUUGUAUUUGCACGAAAACAAAUUGGACAUUUUCAGAAAUGACACUUUCCUGGGUUUGGAAAGUCUGGAAUAUCUGCAGGCAGAUUACAAUGUCAUUAAGCGGAUUGAAAGCGGGGCAUUUCGAAACCUAAGUAAAUUGAGGGUCCUUAUACUAAAUGACAAUCUGAUCCCCAUGCUUCCCACCAACCUAUUUAAGUCCGUGUCCUUAACCCACUUGGACUUGCGUGGGAACAGGUUAAAAGUCCUUUCGUACCGCGGGAUGUUGGACCAUAUUGGCAGGAGCCUGAUGGAGAUUCAGCUGGAGGAGAACCCGUGGAACUGUACAUGUGAGAUCGUGCAGCUGAAGAGCUGGCUGGAGCGUAUCCCCUACACCGCCCUGGUGGGGGACAUCACCUGCGAGACUCCCUUCCACUUCCACGGGAAGGACCUGCGGGAAAUCAAAAGAAGUAAGCUCUGCCCCAUGCUGUCCGACUCCGAGGUGGAAGCCAGCCUGGGCAUCCCUCAGCUGUCAUCCAGCAAGGAGAACGCAUGGCCUACGAAGCCGUCUUCCAUGCUGUCCUCCUUCCAUUUCACCGCUUCCUCCGUUGAGUACAAAACAUCCAACAAGCAGCCCAAGCCCACCAAGCAGCCCAGGGCACCCCGGCCUCCCCCGACCCCCCGCGGCCUGUACCCUGGGCCCAACCAGCCGCCCGUGGCCGCCUACCAGACCAGGCCCCCGAUCCCCAUCAUCUGCCCCACUGGCUGCUCCUGCAGUUUGCACAUCAACGACCUGGGCCUGACGGUCAACUGCAAGGAGCGAGGGUUUCACAACAUCUCCGAGCUCCUGCCCAGGCCCCUGAACGCCAAGAAGCUGUACCUGAGCGGGAAUUUGAUCCAGAAAAUCUACCGCUCCGAUUUCUGGAAUUUUUCCUCUUUGGAUCUCUUGCACCUGGGGAACAACCGCAUCUCCUACGUGCAGGAUGGGGCCUUUAUCAACCUGCCCAAUCUCAAGAGCCUCUACCUGAAUGGCAACGACAUCGAGCGGCUCACCCCGGGCAUGUUCCGGGGCCUGCAGAGUUUGCAUUACCUGUACUUUGAGUACAACUUGAUCAGGGAAAUCCAGCCGGCGGCCUUCAGCCUCAUGCCCAACCUGAAGCUGCUCUUCCUCAAUGACAACCUGCUCCGCACCCUGCCCACCGACGCCUUUGCCGGCACCUCGCUGGCCCGCCUCAACCUGCGCAACAACCACUUCUUGGCGCUGCCAGUGGCCGGGGUGCUGGAGCACCUGCACGCCAUCGUGCAGAUCGACCUGAAGCUCAACCCUUGGGACUGCACCUGCGACCUGGUGCCCCUCAAGCAGUGGCUCGAGGCUCUCAGCUCGGUCAGCGUGGUGGGUGACGUGCUGUGCGCCAGCCCCGAGCGCUUGGCCCGCCGCGACCUGCGCUCCCUGGAGCUGGGGGCGCUCUGCCCCGCCGCCCUGCGCCCCCCCGCCGAGGCGGCCGAGCUGCUGCGGGGCGCCGGAGAGCGCUUCGCCGCCGCGCCCCCCGGCCCGGAGCCGGGCACCAACUACCGCACUUUGCUGGAGAAGGAGCAGGAGUGGAGCCUGGCCGUGUCCAGCUCGCAGCUCAACACCAUCGUGGCCGCCCACCCGCAGCAUCCCGCGGGCGGAGGGCUGGCGGCGGGCGCUGGGGGGCCGGGGGCGGCGGCGGCAGCGGGAGGAGCCCCCCGGGACCGCGACCGCCCGCCCCCCUGCGCCGUGGGCUUCGUGGACUGCCUGUACGGCACCGUGCCCAAGCUGAAGGAACUGCACGUGCACCCCCCUGGCAUGCAAUACCCGGACCUCCAGCAGGACGCCAGGCUCAAAGAAACCCUUCUCUUCGCGGCCGGCAAGGGCUUCUCAGAGCACCAAACCCCCACAAGCGAAUACCUCGAGUUAAGGGCCAAACUCCAAACCAAGCCGGAUUACCUCGAAGUCCUGGAGAAGACCACGUACCGGUUCUGACCGCUGCCCCGCCGCCCGCCCGGCACCGCCGCAUGCGAGGAGAGGCUCCAGCUGCGCGCUCUGCCCGCCAGCUGUGCGUGCUGCGGGCAGGGCCGGCCUCAGAGCAGUAAUCGACGAAGUGCCUUCGCAGACUUUUGCCAGCAGAUGUUAAUCAAUCAUUAUUUUUUAUACUGAAACUGAGACUUUGACUGUGCCAUGUCUAAGGUAUAUUAUUAUUAUUAUUAUUAUUAUUAUCGGGGAUCUUUGUAUUGAUCCUGAUUAAGUAAAUUCCAUGUGUGUCUCUUUUUCUUUCUUUCUUUCUUUUUUUUUUUUUUUUUUUUUUCUUUUUCUUUUUUUUUAUUUUUCCGUUGCAGUAAACUUCCUCUAUAUUUUCCCUUGGAGGGGAGGGGGAGGGAAGAUGGCAUUUUGUGGCUUGCUUUCUUCUUGCCCAUCAUGGCACAGAUUCUGUACAUUUAUUUAAAAAAAAAAAAUGCAAAGAAGCAAACAAGAGCGGUUUGCUGCAUGCCUGGAAACUGCAAGAGGGAAGGGAGGGGAGGGUCUUGCUCGAAUGUCUCACUCUUGUCUCUCUCCCUCCCUCGCACGCACACGCACCCACCCGCACCCCCGCCACCCCGCGGCAGCCCGGCCCCUCCGCGCAGCGCCCGCCGCCGCGCAGGGAAUCCCGGGCACCGGGGGAAGCCACCCGGAGCCGAGCAGCCCAAAGGAUGUAACCACGUGGCGCACACACCUAGGGGAUGCUCAGUGACACUUCAUCAUGACGCCAUGGUUUUUUGGAGGACAUCCGCACUUUCCUAAAUAAAAGCAACAUGCAAAUAUACAGGAAAAAAAAAAAAAAAAAAAAAGGAAAAAAAAAAGCUACUGGGCACCUGUCACUAACAGCUUUGUAGGAAGCACUUUUAAUGUUUUCUCUCAUACACACAUACAUGCACACACACACGCACACACACGAGAGGUACAACAAUGUGCAUAUAUUUAUUCUGUAAUUUCAAGUGAAUAUAAAUUGUAAAGGUAAUGUUUAAUCAUUGUACAGUGAUGCGUCUGGUAUAGCUUUCCUAAUAAAAAGUUUUGAAAAAACAUGCAUAUAUAUAUAUAUAUAUAUCCACAUAUAUAUAUAUAUAGGAAUACAAAGCUUGAACCUUAAACGUCAGCUUCCCCCUACUGAGAUUUCCUUCUCCCACCUUAACCUUGAAAGCUAUUUUAUUAAUAACAGUUUGAUGCACUGUGAUGUUAACAGAAAACAAAACAAAACAAAACAAAUGCUGUACAGCUUCUCUUGCCAAGAUACCACCUGAGACUUUUACAAAUCUGAUUUGCAAUCCGUAUUCCCACGCCGCACUGUACUUACGGCAGUUCCCUUGCAUCUCAAACCAGUGCCCUCUCUCAGGGGCAUUGCUGGGGCUCUUUCUAAAUGUGAAGAGAGCAGUCAAAGGGGGAUGGGAGCGGGCAUUAAAGCGCUUUUCAAUUUUGGAAAAAAUAGUUAAAGGUCUCUGGGAAAGGAUGCCUAAAGCUCCAGCCACCUCCCCGCGGCCGGGGAUCUUUCUGCCCCGGCGCGGCCGUUUGUUUGCUCCGCGCUGGAACCGGAGUGAGACCGAAAGGAGGGGAGGGAAGGUCCCGGUGGUAUCUUGGCCCCGGUCCCCUGGGCCGGCCGGGCGGCAGCGGCGGCUCCGCUCCUCAUCCUCCGCCAGGUGGCGCCACAGCCCCAGCGCUGCCCGCCCGGUCCCGACCCCGCCGAGCGCAGCCCCCGGGGCCCUAAACCGGAGCCCCCGGGGGCCUUACACCGGGGCCGGGGGGGCCGCGGGGGGGACAGCGCACUGCCCGAGCACUGUCCUGAAUGUCUUCAGAUAUGGAGUUUUAUAGUGAAAUAUCGAAUAUAUAUCUCUAGGUAUCGUUUGUUUUAACGGAGCAUCAGGAAUGAUAAUCUAUCCAUAAUAAUAAUAAAUAAUUUAUAUUUGUGAUUUUUUUUCACCCCCAUCUGCAUUAAAAAGGUUUCCCCCUUAGGACAUUUUUUCUGGUUGCUGUUCAGGGGACAAGGCUCUGCCACCUUCCUUGCGCGGGGCAGCGGUGCGUGGUGUCACCUCACACCAAACUGUCCCUCCAGCCUGGUGGGAGCAGCUUUGUCCCACCCAGCACAACGAUUCUAAUGGAGAUAAAACCAUGAACGCUUGUUUUCACCCCAAGUGUCCCCUUUGUAGCUUCACCAAGUAUGCUUAUUGCAGGGUUUUGGUCGAUCUGUCUUGGAGAGCCAGCUGGGUGCAACAGUCGUGUCCCGAGCCCUGGGUGCAGUUGUAUGUGCUUUGGGGUGGAGAGGCAGCUCCAAAUGUCUUGUAAAUCUAUCAUUGGCUCCAUAGUUUUGCUAAAGAAAUGUUAUACAUUUGAAGUUUCCAAAUUCCUCUACUGAGCUGAUAGUGUUUUAUUACUGCUGCAAUUCAGCUCUAGUCUGCUGGGCAUGGGGUUCUCUUUUCUUUCUCUCUUUUUUUUCUUUUUCUUUUUUUUUAUUUUUUUUUGUUGUUUUUGUGUGUAUUUUUUUAUUUAUUUUUCUUUUUUUUUAAAGGACAGUGGAAGAGCACGGACCUGUUAAAAGUAAACAUCAAAGUUCAAAGGCCAGAUCUUUCUUAUGAUAAUCAUUAUAAUAUGAUAAUCAGAAUUGCAUUGAUAAGCGUACAUGCAAGUAACACGUGGAGCUAUACAAACCAGGUUAAAGUACAACCCCUAGUGAGAGUGGUGCUGUGUACAUUUGGCAAUGUCAUCAAACCCCAAGUGUUCAUACUUGUAUCCAAAUAUAGUAAAGCCAGUUGCAAAUAAUGUUUAUAUUUUAAUUAAACUACAGAAAGGCAAGAGAAUUUCAACAUAACUAUAGGUAGCAAUCUCACCUGUGAAUGGUGAGAAAUCUAUUUAUUCAGUGGAAAUAAAUUUGUUCUAUGAGAAUGGAAUUUUGUAUUAAAAGAGAUAAUUUUUGGCUUACAUUGAGUUAUUUUUCUUUCCUUGUGUAGGAAACUUCCUUUUCCUUGUGUACUGGGAAUUCACUGGAAUCAUUUGGGGAUAGUUGCCUCUGGAAAUACUGACAAUACUUAACUGUGACAUCUAAUGUAUAUUACGAUGACUUCAAUUUUGCUAUUUCAUUGUGUUGAGCUGAGGCUGAGUGGGUGGUAGCAUUACUUUUCACUGCAGGAAACAAAAGUGGAUCCAUCAUCUCUGAUCUGUGACGGGUGACUAUUUAAAUGCUGCAACCUGGGUUACUCCUAAUUAAUAGGGAUUAUAAUAAUUAUCAGAAGUGUUAUUGGUAGCAUUAAUAAUAUUGGGAAGGAACCAAAUAAAGUCAAUGAUCCACAUUCACAUUGGAGCUGUUUGAUGGGAUACUAUUUCAAAUAAAUAAAUACAUUUUUUUUAGCUUAUUUCAUUACUGUGUAAGUAGCUGGUAUCAGCUUCAGCAGUUCAGCAUGUGGCAGUGCUCAAAACUUUGUGUAAAUCUUUCACCAUGUGCUUGGUUUAUUCACUCAUUGUUUAUAAUGAAAUUCUUCCUACAGGUGGAAAAGAAACAAGUCCAGGUAAGUCCCAGUUCUAGCUGACAAUGAUUGCAUACAUGAGAACAGAUAGUGAUGGUGCUUGGUGCUCUUUUGUGCUUCCUUGAUAUUGUCAUAGAUGCUCAAAAAUAAUAUUUUACCUGGGUUAAAGGAUUUGCUUGAGGCUUGGACAAUGCUUUAUGGAUCUCUGGGUUGUAUCAAUAGUGAUGUUAAUUUUUAUGGUAUAAAUAAUAAUCUGACGUACAGAACACUUGCCAUCUCUGAAAGUCUGUCACAGCACACCAGGAACUGGACUGCUCUAGUCAGGUGAAUACUACAGAGAGGUUGUUUAUUAUUAGAUUCAGUGGAUGUGAGUUAAGCUGUGGUAACUCAAGAUGUUGUCAGAGACCUUUCCAGAAAAACAAAACAAAACAACAAAAAAUUACACUUUUGUACAUAUUAUCACUGCUGAUUUGGUUUUAAGCAAGAAAUGUGCACUUAUGGCUGACUUGUUUUCUCUGUUAUAAACAUGUAGAGCAACAUGACAGACAGGUCUCUACAAAAUAUCAGUAUGCAAUGUUCUACAUUUCCAAAACACUGAAGUAUGCAAGCAGCAACUCGUGAGUGUGAUGCUACUUCUACUUUAGUCAUAUUUCAAAUGAAGUUGAACUGUUCACAUGAACAAUGUGCAAUGAACUGGCUUUAUGUAUUGCAGAAAUGUUCACGUGAAUAAAGUGUGCAGAAUCUGGCCCUAAGUUUGGAAGUUCACUGGUUAUCUACAUUACUCAGCCCUAGAAUAUGACUUCUGGCAAUGGUUCAGCUACUUAGAUGUGAACUUGUUCCAGAAUUGCACUUCUUCCAAAGGCAUUUCCUUUUACAACAUGGAUUUACAUACAUUCAGAAAUCAGACUGCUGCACAUUGCAUAUUUCUAUUUUCUGAGUUUCCCAAGACUUGGUUCUAAACCUGACUUCCUCAUAUCUGAGUUUCACAAUGAAUUUAUGUAUGGAUUAUACAGUACAAAACAAUUGUUUCCAUGGGAGAAAUGUGGAAUAAAUUUACCCAAUAUGUAGUUUCAUAACUUCUUCAUACUAACAACAUCUCUUUGUACAAAAUAUGCUAUUUUUAAUACUUUGUAAAGCUGAUGUGAGUGGGAAUAUAUUUUUCCCCACUUCUUGAAAAAGAUUCUGUUUUAUUCUUGCAAACACUGCUAAGUCCCAAUUCAAAGCCUGUUCCUCUUAGUGGAAGAAGUGGAAUGUGCUUGGAACAAACUCUUGUGUGAGCACGGACUAAAGGCCGAAUCCUGCUCCUGUUGAAGCCAGUGAUGAAAUACCACAUUACUGCUCAGUUUUAGUCAACAGACUCGAAUGAAGAGCAAAGUCUCAUCUCAGAAAAUUGCAACCUAUAUUAUGUGGAUUCAAGUGUAUCGAGACAAGCUCUCCAUGUGACUAGAAAAAUAAUUUGUUACCAUUUUGGUAAAUUUCUUGAUUGACCUCAUUCACAAAUUUACUUUUUUAUUCUAAAAUAAGGAUUUGCAUAAAGACAAAUAUCAGUGUGUCUCAGUAGAUUCAAGAAAUGUGGAAAUUGGUAGAGUUUAGAUCUAAUGUCAUAGGUAGCUAUGUAUUAUAGCUACAUACACCACAAUUAUUUGUAUAACAGUUGCAAAUUAUUUGGAAAUACCUCAUCAGUAUUACCUUCUUUAAAAGCAAGAAUAUUUACAGACACUGACAAUUGUGUUUCAUAUAUAUAUAUAUAUAUAUUUAAAUGUCUUUUGCUUGAUCCUUGUAGCUUCCCACUUCUUUUAAAAUUCCGUACUUCUAUUUUCGUUUAUGUUUUUUGGAGGAGGUAGGGGGUUACUGAUGAACCCAUUAGCUUUGGGUGUAUCUGGUGAUACAUGGUGCUCACCAGAGGGGUGCUGGGGCGAAACAUUGUAGGUUAUCUUUGAUCACUGUGAAAGUAUUUGGAAACACUCCCCUGUGGUGGGAUUUUCUCUUUUAAAAUUUCCAAUAUUGCGGUGGUUUUCAGAACACUGUCAGAUUGUUCAUUUUUUUUUUGUGGAAAAAUGAUGGGAGAAGACUCAAAGGAACCGAGCCACUGGCAUUGCUAUAGAAAUUCCCUGUCUGAUAAUUGUACUGGGUAGUCUCUGCAGAGUGGAUGCUGCCAUCAGUCUUUAUAUUUUGAAUGUUAAGGACAUUAAUCAUAAGUGUGGUAUUAGGAAGAUAUAUGUAUAUGCAAUACUAAGAUGUUAGGUGCCUUGAGAAUAGAUAAUAAUAGAGAGUAUAGCACAAUGUAAAAUAUUAAUAGCUCAGUCAUAUACCAUGUACUGAACACGUCACGGACUGAAUGCUCAUUUACUUUUUCUAACAUCUUUAUUUUUUACUAGAAUUUUCUAAGUUUCUCAAGAAUAUCCUAUAUAUUCUAUGAAUUCCGAAGAGAUGUUUUAUUUUAGCUAAGGGUCCAAUCUCUCAGAAGCUGGAAAUUCAAACAGAUGCCACCAAGAGUGGAGGAAAAUUCCUGUCCAUGACAAGUGGCAUGAAAGCUGGGGAUGUUGUAGCACUGUGCCAGGAAGGGCAGCUCUCUGCGUUGAUGCAGAUUAUGCAGUAGGGCUUGACUAAGUAUUUAUUCAGGGGGUGUUGAGUUGUGAUGAGUCACUAUUGGACUGGCAUAGACAUGGAAAAUGCUUCUGGUUGUGGUGGCAUGGAUAAUCCUCCUGCUGAUGGUGGCACCAUUGCCAGUGGAGACUCCUGUAAAAGUAAUCCAACCCCCCAAAAGGGGUUGUAGUCUUUGUCCCACAGUGACCAUCUCAUCUAAUGCUAAUAACUUUGCCCCAAGUGUUAAAGUGACAUCAGUACACUGAUAUGGGAAAAUGUUUUUUUCUUGCUUUGUCCUCUUCACUCUGCUUCAUUUGAGACAAGAGCUGUUUUGCAUGUUGAGGAACUGUAGGAAGGUGUUUGUUGCUAUUUUUAAACAUACUUGUUUAAAUGAAAUCAGUCUUUCACAGUUGUAACUGUCCUAAACUGAGAUGAGUUUUCUAGAAAGCUAUGUAAAUCUUUGGUUUUGUUCUUGCUCUCUUAGUUACUAUAUGCAUAAAUAUUUACACAUUUUAUAUUUUAUAUGUAAUGACCUUUAUCUGAAUAAUCCUUAAACUGAAGUCUGUCAUUGAAUUUUGGAGGCUUUGGCUUUGGAAGUCAAGGUUAAUUACAGUUUUGUUGCUGUUGUUU